CUUACCCCAAGCCUCUUUCCCCCAUAACUCAUUCCACCCUCUUGACCAUGUUGCCAUGUGUCUGCUGGCUCCAACUUAUCCUCAUCUUGCUGUCCUCUGUCUUAUGGACCCUGGGGGAAAACUGCCCAGCGACCUGCCUGUGCCCAGAUCCUCACACUGUGGACUGCAGCGGCCGUGGGCUGACCCGUCUUCCCAGUGAGAUCCCCUUGGAUGUGCGCAGGCUGUUGCUGGCUGACAACUGGAUACUCCGCAUCCCCUCGGACUUCCUGGUCCUGUACAGUGACUUGGUCUACCUGGACCUCCGGAACAACUCCCUCUCCCACAUAGAGCCGGGGACUCUCAGCACCUCUUCCAGGCUGGUCUUCCUGGACCUGGGCAGCAACAAUCUGACUGAAAUCCCUAAGGGGACCUUUGGGGAGUCUCGGAGCCUGAUCAAACUAAGGCUGGGCAACAACCCGUACCUGAGCAUGGUGAACGAGGAUGCUUUCCUCGGCCUCACCUCUCUGAGAGAACUGGAACUGGAGCGUAAUGCACUGUCAACGCUACAGGUGGGGGCGCUGAGUCAGUUGCCCUCCCUGCGGGCGGUGAGGCUAGAGGGCAACCCCUGGGUGUGCAACUGCAACUUUGCCAACCUAUUCGUGUGGCUGAUGGAGAACAGGCACAAGCUUCCAAAUGGGGUGGAAGGCAUGGAGUGCUCCCUCCCCAUGGACGGCAGGCGUGUAUCCCUGACCCAGCUCUCCAAGGACAGCUUCCGUGAGUGCCAGGCCACCCUGACUCUAACAGACCUGCUCAUCAUCAUUUUCUCCGGUAUCUCUGUAUCUGUCGUGGCCAUCAUGACGAGCUUCUUCCUGGCUUCAACUGUUCAUUGCUUCCAGCGCUGGAGUAAAGGCACCAAGGGGGAUGAGGAGGAGAGUGAGGAGUAAGACGGGUUUAAAUUUUGAGGGCCUGCGCGGUCCUGGUACUUAAACAAUGAGAGGACACCGCAGACAGUGUGUGCUACAUGUGACAGGAUUCAUGCUGCCUCCUGCCUGGUGAACAUCCAGGACUGCUUGACAGUAGGAUCUCGCCCUGGUACGGUUGCAGUUGUUUUCUUGCACAUGAGAUACGGUAACAAGGGACAUUCCCAAGGAAUGAGCCAGUAAAAAGUAGUGAGUGCCCUGCUCCACUUGCAAAAUGAUAUUAUAGAGAUCGUAAUUUUGGCUGUGAGAGCCCGUGGUCAUCUUUUAUGGCUGCUGGCUCUUCGCUUCAUGUCGUAGGCCCUACAUAAAUAUAGUGAGGCUAACACCUUUAUAAUGAAAGAGUAAAAGAUUAAGAAAAACAGAAGUGUUGCUGCAGUGCUGUCACAUUAGUAUUAGACAAGGUGAUAAUUCUUAAUGUGCAAUUUGUCUAAUUCAGUCUAAUGUGCACAUUAGACUGAAAUCCUGUUACAUCAAAGUUAGGGCAGACCUUUACAUGAUUUCACAGGGCUUUAUCUGUGUAGGGCAGAAUCUGUGAUCCCAUCAAAAAAAAAAAAAGGAAUUCAUGUCGACCCACGACCUCAGUAAUUAACUGCCUAUACCAUGAUAUGCUGGCAUAUCCUGCCAUUUACAGUGUCUUUUUGUGGACAGCCUUGCUCACAUUUAAAAGUGGUUCAUAAGCCAUUACUGUUGGCAAAUACUGUUGUUCCUUCAGCAAGUAAAAUUAGACAGAGGUGUUAGAGGAUCAGGAAAGAUUUGGAUAAUGGCAAGGUGUUAACUGUAGGUAGCUGAUGUGCUGUAGGCAGGAAGAGUUUCCAGUGGCUCUGCACAUUGUUUCAGCAGUAUAUUCAUUAUAUAAUCACAAAUGUGUGUACAAAAGAAAACAAUGUACAGUCAAACAAACAUAUAAAUCAACAAGAUUUACUGUAUGUUCCUUAGAUUGAUAACUGUGACCUGUGUAGAGAGAAAAAAAUAACAGUAUAAUCUUGAAAAAUUAUGGCAAACACGGUAUUAAAAUAGAAUCUAAGUAGAACUAUUGUGUCAAAUAACGCACUUUAUAUGGUGAACCUGAUUUUGGCAAGCCCCUAAUUACACUAUGUAGACUGGUUUUGUCUUCAUCUGCCAAAGAUUAGGUUUAGGUGAAGGAGAGAUUGCAUAUAAGGACUUUGUUGUGGAUGAUGUGUUAUUUAGUGAGGUAGGAGUAGUUCCUUCACAGAAGGCAGCACUAUAGCCAAAUCACGCUUUGUAUACACAUAUUAUACUCAAACAGUUAUGGUCUCCAAAGAUUAACAUUUUCUCCCUAGAACCAGCUGUCUUACUUUGCUUCAAACACGGCAGUCUUUAACAGUCACUCCAGCACAAAUAGUUAUUCACUGUCAAUGGUGGUGGGGAAAAGAUUUCUCUCUAUGAAUAACAAGACAACUUUUUAUUUUCUUUAGGAUAUCCAGAAAUGAUACAUUAUGAACUCUCUGCUGUCCUUUUACUAAACAUCUUCCACAAUAUUGUAGUAAAGCUGCUGAUUUGAUAUACUGGAAAAGUCUCAUAUCAGAACUUAUUGUAUAACAGUAUCUGCAUUCACAAGAGCAACACAAUCUAAAUUAAAUAAAGAAGGAGCGCUCUGGACUUUAUGGGUUUCUGUUUAUUUGCAUCCUGUAUGUUUAAAUCCUUCUCCAUUAGGAUUUGGAAUGCUCUUAGCUGGAGUAUUAUCCCCCCCUCCCCACAUAGCUAAGGUAUGUUGCAUUGCUUCUCACAUGCUUGUAAGGCAUGAAUAAUUCAGCAAAAUUGAGAUAUGAACCAGAAAGAAUGUCAAGCCUCUAAAUGCAAACAAGCAAGCGAUAGAAAAACAGCCAUGAGUAAAUAGAGUUAUAAUUUCUGUGUGGCGAACAAAAGGAAUUAUUCCAAAUGCCUGAGUCCCUUAUGAACAAGUCAUAACCCUGAAUGUGCAGCAUUGUGAAGCACAUUUUGCAGGAAGGACAAAAAAAAAUAGCGUAUAUUUAUUUUAUCAUUCGUAUCUGUAUCAAUAAAAGCACAACUAUUUCACAAUUCUACUACACUCUUUUAUGGGAAGUGUCGCAUCACAUGUUGGUACCAUCCUGUAGGUUGUCACCGUAUGUUUUCAUUAAUGUGUAUUGUUACAUGUUGUGUUGAAAUGCCACAUCCUUAUAAACAGUGUAAACUUUGUGAUUGUAUGGAUGUUGUGUUUUUUUUGUUGCCAGCAUUGAAAUGGCAACUGAUUUGAAUUUGAAGACAAAUUCGAGGCACAUGCCCAAUGGAAAUGGGCCUUUCGCUAAGCCCCUCCCCCAAACAGCAACUGUCCAAUCAUAGCUCAGUAACUGUAGCUACAUCAGCAGGUCAGUCAGGCUGUGUGUUUUAGGAAAGUUGACGAUCCAGCAACUUCAGAGAAACUUGCAUUGAUAUCGUUUCACUUGCUAAACGCCGCUUAAUCCCCAUCCUCAAAUCCAAUCCUUAAUUAUUAUUUUUUUGGUAUGACAGUGAAGCAAACAGUUUUAAAGUUUCAAAAUAAAAAAUAUACUCUAAAUCUAACCACUGUACUGCUUGUCCAAGUAGGUCUACAUUUUUCAUAUUCCAUGAAACCAACCAAGCUACGAAUAUCAUUUUUGAUUAUACUAUAUUUCUGUUCUUGAUAUCGUACUAUGGGGCUUUGUUUACACGUCUUGUACAGGCAUCAACAACUGGUAAGCAUGCUGAUGUUGACUUGGGGUAUGUAGCGUUAGCCUCAGUCUUUUAGCAUGAUAUCAUGCAUGCAUGCAGCAGUGAAGUAAGAACUUUUUACAGGGUUCUAAUUGUAAAAUGUGUCAGAUGGAAGCAUUAAAAAGUCAGCUGGUGGCCAGUCUUGCAUAGCUAGACCUGUCUCUAUAGCACUGUGUAGCUGCACCCAUAAUCAUUGUUCUACAGUCAGCAAACGAAAUGAUGUAUUUUUGUAGGCCAACCCAGAAGUAGCAUCGCCAUGGGGUCUAUUGAGAAUUUGUCUAUGGGAUUUUUGCAUUGGAUUUUGGAUCAUGGCAGAAAAUAAACUCUGUGGCAAACACACAUUUCUGAUGCUUACGAGUUUUGUUCAGCAGGAUAAUCUUCACAAAUGAACACUUUUAUGAUUUUUGAAGUGUUAAUGCAAGCUAACGACUUCUACAUCGCCACCAUUUUGAUUCAGACAAUCUAGCUAGCGAAUCUGUAGCCUAAUAAAUUGUUUAUUAACAAAGUUUACAAUCUCCAAGACUUUGCAAGCACUAAAAAACACGACUAGAGGCUGUGAGGCAGGCUAGUGAGAGAGUUCCUGUCUGUGUCUCGUGUGAUGACGUUUAAUGUCCCCGACAACCACUGUAGUCUCAUUUAGCCACUUGUUAGCAACCGACUUUUUAAGUACACAUAAAGACUAAAAAUUCUCAAGUGAGGGUAUUUACUAACAUAUUUUGUGUCAUACAACAAAACAAAAACAUCUCUUCAGUUUGUGUUAACCACAGACCUUAUUUCAGGCAUCAAACCAAAAAACCCAUUUAAAAUUCUCAUUGAAUUUGAGAGGUUAGACCCAUGGCGCUAAAAUGCUAACUUACUUGCGAGUUUAAGAACUCAUUCCUGUGGUGCCCACUAAAUGGCGGACUUGUAUCCACAGUCUGCAUUCAUGAGUCAGACAAGCUGACUUUAGCAUUAGCAUUAGCUUACAUAAGCCAGCUACACUUCUUUCUUCAUUCUAACUAACAAAAUUAGCUCUCAUUGGCUAGAAAUUGGGAGCCUGGUUUUGUUUACUUAUCUAGGGAAUUGGAGACCCAUUGUUUAAAAAAUGGCCACAAAUUCAAUGGUUAAUCUACCACCACUAUCACUAAGGGAUAGCUUGACAGCGGUAACAACAGUAGCUAGGGAGGGCGGGGCUUAUCGAAAGGUCAAUUGUAACGUUAACAACCGUCCUAAAGGGCAAGGCCAGUGAUUUUCAUAUGUAAUGUCUGCCAUUCUGUUUAGUCAUUUUUAGUUAACAACACCUACAAUUGCUCCUAGCCAGAGUGAAGGUGCCCACAGUUAAGUUAACAUGGAGAGAAUGAGUAUAGAGGCAUUCAGGGACUAAGUUCCCAACAAAAAGGUAUAAAACUAUUUGAUUUUGUUGACAUGAAAGGAUGCAAGUUCUCAUGUUUGUAAAACCACAACACAAGCUAAAGAGGAAUCAUUAGGUUGAGGCGUUUUCUCCUUUCCAGGUGAGCUUUCUUAAGUGAUAUCUGAAGGUGCAGAGGGAAAGUUUUUAUACAUAUCAUUAUCAUUUCCAACUACUGUGUAGUUACUGUAUAUUAACAAAUUAUUAUGUUAGCUUAGCUGUUAGCUUGAAGCAUAUGUUGGCAUGACAAUUUUCCUUUCUCUUACUCAUUUUAUUAAGUAACAAAUAUCAGCACAUUAGAGCAUGCACUGUUGAGUUUACCUACAGUAUAAAGUUCAGAUUCAUGUCUAUUUUUCUAUUAAACCUUUCAGAAUGAAGCAUUUAUUUACUGUAUCAGUCCCCAAAGUAAUUUUCUGGCAUUGCGCACCCUGGAAAGCAGAGAAACUGGUGGCUGCUUUUGUCCAGUUUGUCUUGACAUUGCUUAAAAUACCAAAAUCUAUGUUAUGUUUUGUCAGAUAAAUGUCAAAAUGGCUCAAAUCGAAAUGAAGUGACAGAGAGGAGUGUGACGUUGUUGCUGCAACUGAAUGCAUUUCCAAAUGUCAAACAGACCGUAUGUGUAGCUGUAUAUUGAUGUUUGGUUAAAAAAACAAAAAAAUACAAUAAAAUCCUUUUUUUUCUGCCC